ACGGGUGUCGUGGUUGUAGGUGGAGGAGAGUACUUUGGUCCAGCAAUUAUCGGUAUACACAUGCUGCGACGGAGUGGCAGUGACCUGCCCGUACAAGUCUUUGUGACAGACAAGUCUGAGUACGAGGACAGGUUGUGUAAAGACUAUCUACCCAAGCUCGGUGCAGAGUGUCUCAUACUCGCUGACUUUAUUCAAGACUUCGAAGUGACGCACUAUCAGCUCAAAUCUUUGGCAAUGUUGUUGAGCUCGUUCGAGCAUGUCUUGUACCUGGACAGCGAUAGCAUACCUCUCCUCAACCCUGAAACAGAGCUCUUCGCAAAAGAGCCAUACGUUUCCACUGGACUGGUCAUAUGGCCCGACUUCUGGAUCUCUACAGAGUCUCCUUCCUUCUAUACUGUCGUGGCUUUCGACGAAAUGCCAUCUAAUCUACCCAGCGCAUCCUCUGAAGCAGGCCAACUUCUCAUCAACAAGCGGACACAUCUCAAGACUCUGUUGCUGGCAGUCUACUACAACAUCUAUGGACCUCAGUUCUACUACCCGCUACUCAGCCAAGGCGCGCUCGGUCAAGGAGACAAAGAAACAUUCAUGGCCGCCGCGAUGGUGCUAGAUGCUCCCUACUACCGCGUCAAAACGGGUGUCAAGGCGAUUGGGCGUAAAGACGGCAUCGAAAAGAAAGGUAGUGGCAUGAUACAAGUCGAUCCUUUUGUCGACUUUCAGAAGCAGGGUGGAGACAAAUCUGAUCAACCAAGAGCGGCAUUUAUCCAUGCCAACACCCCAAAGAUGAAUGCUGGCCACCUAGUCGAUGAAGGUGAUCUCUUUACUGUCACUGACCACAAGCCGUUGCGGUUGUGGGGCUCUCGAGAAGAGCAGAUCAAAGAGUUCGGUCUAGACCUCGAGAAAACAAUAUGGGAGUUGGUUUUACAAACGGGUUGCGAGCUGGCUGACGUGAUCCGAGAGUGGUCG